AACCACAUUGCGGUCAUAGCCAUCACGCCACCGGCUUUGUGCUCAUAAAAUGGUCAGCAUUAUCAUUCAUGCAUCAUACUCCGAUGAACGUUUGAUCCAGGAAUUCUUGAACGAACUAUUCGCAUCGGAUGUCUCCAUCAUGCGGAAACGGGGUAGAUUCAUCAUUAAUGCGCCUCGGGCUUUGACUGAAAGUCAAAUUUCACGUCUCCAGCGGACCGUCAGAGUGGAGCACUUCGACCAGGGAGGAUAGAAAAUGCGGGGAACCGGGCUGCAAUCAUGUAUAAACAGAGGGUCUUGUCGACGAAUCUUGAGUCCAUGGCCGAAGGCCCUGAAGUUGUAUUGUCCUCCCCGGCUGACUUUUCUCCCUCGAUGUGGAGAACAUAACUCUCAUAUUCAGUCUCCCUUUGUGUAGUCUUGAACGCUGAAUAGCUAAGAAUGUUGGGAUUGGCAAAGAUUUUGUUCGAUCUGGCAGC